AGUGAGUCACAAAAUCGUAAUAACGUGGGUCAAUUCCAAAACAGUUUCUCGGCGCGGCGCUACCAAGUGCUACCAACCUAAUUAUCUAAUCUCUAUACUAUAUAGACGACGUUCACAUCGUCCGACAAGUCAGUUCCAUAUUUGAUUUCAAACGUAAUACAGUGUAAUUUAUAUCGUUUUUUUUUCUGAUAUAAUUGUUCACGAUUGAUUGAUCACAAUUUAAAGAACUUUCAAAUCAUCUUUAUAAGAUGGCGACAGAAGUGAAUUCCAAUCCUGCAGCAGCCAUGCCACAGUUGCAGUCCUUACAAAAGGCUAUGGCCUUACCGACAAUUGGGGCAGCUGUUGAUCAGUUCGGAGUCCUAUAUACUAAAGUCAAAGGUGCACAUUCCCUCCUCGACUGGGCGCUAUCAACAGCAGAAGCCAGCAUGACCCUGGCGGCCACCAGAGCAGCUCCACUGUUGGCGACCCCAAUAGCCUUUGGAGACGCGAAGAUCGCCUACGCCAUUGAUGAACUGGAGCGCCGGGUCCCACUCGUCACCGAGGAGCCUAAGGUCAUCGUGGAGACAACCAAACAGGCUGUUUUGUCAAGAAUCUCACCACAUGUAACUAAGGUGUGCGGAGCUCGUAAUGCUGCCGAGCAACGCGUGAAAUCACUAAAGGAGCUCUCCUGGACAAAGGCUAAUGCGCUGCUGUCUACCGCAUACGGACAGAAGGCACUACACAGCGUGGACACCGGCGCCAUGUACGUCAUGCAACUCCUCGACCACUACCUGCCGCCUGUCGGCCCCCAGCCUGAGCCUACCAAUGAAAUAGUAUUGGCCAGCAAUGAUCCGGCACUGCAUACGGUGCAGACUGUCGGCCGACUAAGCGCGGUAGCGGCCAGGAGAGUGUGGGCCAACCUCGCGUACAAGAUCAAUGAACUCAGAAACUCGGGUAUAGAGUUUGAUGUACGUCGUUACAUUGCGGCGUUACUGGCUGCUUUACACCUCGCCAAUGUCACGAAUCAACAGCACGAGAAAGAGAAGGAACAAGAGGAGAAAGAGACGCAAAACAUCGCCGAGCCCACGCCCGUGACGACCUCGCCCCCCGCCUCGCAGCCCACCGCGCCCCCCACAGCUACCGUCCUCAAAACCACACCCGAAGGGAAAUCCGGCAUAUCGGAAAAAGCUAACAAACAAUAAAUAGUCUUUAUAUUUAAACUUUCGCGUUUAGUACAUAUUAUUAAUGUAGCUAAACGGGUUUAUAACACAAAUAAUUUAUUUACCUCUCGACGUUUGGACUACGUUGUCGGUUGUAGUUGUAUGUCCAAGGAGAAUUGACUAUAGAGUCAUAAAAAAACUGAAUCCAAAACGAUUCUCUCGUAAUAUGAAUUUGAAUGUUGCACUCGCCGUAUCACAAGGUGAUUGAGAGAGGUAAAUACCUUUAUUUACCAUAAAAUUAUUCGUGUUAAAACCCGUUUAACUAUAUUAAUAAUAGUUUAUUUUAUAAUAUUCUAUUAUAAGAAUUAUUUACAGCCACAAUGCGGGUACUGGAUUUAUCCGUAUUGUUUUGGCGAUAGAAUUUAAUUAUAAGAAUGUAAAUUAAAGACUGUCUGAAUGUCUUAUAUUUUAAUGUAUUUACGGCUUUAAUAUUAAUUAAUGGAUAUUACUUUACUAUUGUGAAUUUGUAUGAAAUAUAUUUUUGGUAUAGUAA